GUGACAUAUUCGGUGUCGGCCAUAUUGGUGGAAAAGUACGCGCAUUUCUUUGUGUAUAAACAGAGACGUUCUAAGAUAGCAAAAACAACUCAAUAUGCCCGCCUACUGUGUCAUAAAGAGUUGUGAGUUUAGAAGUGGGAGGAAAAAAGGAAUGUCCUUCUGUCGUAUCCCCGCGGUCAUCACGAACCAAGGCGAGGAGGCGCAGCAGCUAUCGGAGGAGAGGAGGCGGCUUUGGCUGGCCGCCAUUUGCAUCGACCGGGACAAACUCACAGAGAGCAACCUCGUCCAUGGCCGCGUUUGCGGCGCCCACUUCGUCUCGGGGAAAGCCGCGCCGCCUUGGAACAGGACCAGCGUGGACUGGGUCCCCACACUAAAACUUACGCGCUCAAAAAUGAGCGAAGCCGAGGAAAGGGCACAGGAAAGAGCGCAGGAGAGAGCUUGGAGAAGAUUUAAACUCUCAAAGAGACGGAGAAGAAAAGCAGCGAUUGCAGCGCUCAGCAACGAAGAAAAACAUCAAAGUGGAGUGCAGACCCGUCCCGUGCCUACUGCUACACCAAGCAACAUGCAACAAGCUGUACUCGUAACUGCACUGAGUGCAGCCAAACAUGCUCGUAUCUCGGACAGUGCACAAGCUGCUGGCGAAGAAUUACAACAUGGAGCUGGUGAUCAUGACAUUGAAGGGGACAGAACUCCACCAGUGGGCAGCGUCCUCGGAUUCUCCAAGGAGACGACCUUUGCCCUCUUACCCAGGAUGCACCUGGAAGAGCUGCAGUCGGAACUGAACCGGCGGAACAUCGAGGUGAAGCUGGCGGGCGGCGACCGGCCGAGGGGGCGGGGUGACCUUGAACAUGUGCUGAGAGAGGUCAUGACCCGAGAGUAUGAAGAGGCAGAGGGAGAUGAGAGCAUGGAUGUUAGUGACACUAGCUCUACAUUCCAGCACGGCCGUAGUAACCCUAGUUCUACAUUCGAGCACGACCAUAGUAACACUAGCUCAUUGCUCGAGCACGGUUCUUUCCUUGAAGAGGUGAGCAGCAGUGAAGUGCUCUCAGGACUGAACAUUGAUCAAACUACCGCACCAAACGUUCAAGGACCCACAGGAAAUGAAGAGACGCCUAGUAGUCGCCAAGCAGCAGACAAAAAUGUCUCCGAGACUCCAAGUACUGAUACAUUCCUGGGACAAGUGCAGGUGAAGAAAGAGCCGAUCGAACAGUAUCACGUGGCAACGACUUCUAGUUCCUCAAACACUGUUCAACCUACGACAGAACCGUCAACAAGUCAGAUAGGGCCUACAUGCACCAGGUCUGGAACGUCACAGCCAAAUGUAACACGUGCACAGAACUUGGCAGUAAGAAUCAAAACAGAGCCUGGUGCAGAAGAAACAACAGAAGAAGAGCAGCCAGAGAGUGAAGACCUGAGCAGUGAGCCCUGUGUCUCCUCCCCAGGACAGUUGUCUCAUGAACUGGACAUGGUAGAUGUCUCCAUGGGAGAAGAAGAAGACAAGCUUCAGAGUGAAGAACCUGUGAAGGCUGCAUCAGACGACUCACCUCAGACAUUUCCAACUACCUCAAACAACAGAGGCAACUUCCGUGUCGCUGUGGAUAGACCCAGAAAAAGGAGCCGUACCGACAUGACUGCCCAUUACCCAACACUUCACCAGUACUACCAGAAAGGCAUGCAAAACUGCAAAGACCUGAAAUGUCGGAUCAUGAUCGCCGAAGUGGCUGAGGUCACCAAGCUCCCAGAGAUAAAUGUUAAGAACUGGAUUCACAACAUGAACAGGAAAGCAGAGCAAGAGAAAAGAGAGCCACCACCCCCGAAGAAACCGAAAAUCGUUUUGAGAAAGAGACAGUGCAGUGUCCUCAGCUGUUUCAAGAGUUGGUACAUGAAAGGGAAAAGUGGGCCCAAUGUGAUGAAAGAUGCCGCGAAGGAAUACAGAAGACUACAGAAGGAGGACCCUGAAUUUCUCAAGAAGUUCCAAGAAGAAGUUAAGAAAGCUAAAGACAUGCCAAAGCCAUCACUUGAAGAACUUGACACUGGAGGCAAGAAGCAGGCAGCCCGAGAGUUAUACAAGGUCUUAGAAAAAACAGUGACAGACUUACACACUUGUGGCUGGGAUGGAUUCGUGGAAUUCUACGACCACAGCACAAAGAAGAGAAGAAGUUGUGGAACUCCAAAAGGGAAGGAACUUCUCAAGCCCAGCUCUUCAAAUGAAACUUCAGCUGAAAAAAGAAGGGAGGAGACAGAGGAAUUAAGGGAAAGACUCCGAGAACAGAUGAACAAGAAAUGGCGUGCUGCUGUGCAAAACAUACCAUCACUUCGUUCCAAAAGGAAACGUUUCCCAUAUGGGAUGCACAGCGAGGGAAAGAUAGUUGUUGAGGGGCUACCGGAUGGAAUGACGUACCGAAGACCUUCUGACUUUGGCACUCCUAAGCUGAAGGCUAUCCUCAAGCAUAUGGACGACAUAGUAAUCCGUGUCACUGAGGAAGGCAAAGAGGAUACAUCAUCAGAUUCAGGACAAGUGCAAGAGCCCUCUACAAGUGCCUCGAGUCCUCAGAGUGACAAACAAGAUUCUGAAACUCCUAACGUUGCUGAGCUCCUGUCAGAAGUUUCAAGCGGACUGGCACAGGCUGGACAGAACAGAGAAGAGGUGUCCAUAGACCUGUAGUAUCAGCCAGGAUGGAGCAGGGCAGUUAUCAAGUGAAGAAUAAAGAGACAGCUAUGCAGAAAUACUGAGGCUCCAAAAAUGUACAGAUGGCAGUUUUGAUAGAGGAGGAAGAACAUGAUGGAUUAAAAGUAGGGUAUGGUAGAAGACUAGCUUCAUGCAUAAUGUUUUUUUUAAUAUCCGAGACAUCAGGUUGAUUUAUCUGAUGUUCUCUAUAUGCUUCUGAAGUGGCAGAUAGCUCUUGGAGCCUAUAGAAGAAAUUAGUGGGGAAUAAAAAAAAUUCCAGCCCGAAAAAUGCUGCUGAACCACAGGAAUACAAAGCUGGUAUUGUGAAUUUACGGUUACUGCAGUACAUAGCGACUUUUCUCAAUAUGAUUUUGAGGUGACAGAUAGCUCUUGGAGUCUAGAAGAUGCUCUAUAGAUUUUGGUGCCCUAGCAGAUUUCGUGAGGAACUUUAGAGGCUUUUUAUUGAAGACUGGAACAAAGUUGUUUUUUUUUUGUACAUCAAUCAAGUUAUUACAUCUUGGUUAGCACACAACAAAAGAGUCAUGAUAAUAUGGUGAUGUUCAAGUGAUUUUCUACUCAACAACUAUAGCACAAUAAAACAAUAGUCAAUACCUACAAAGUUACAAUGAUUUUGUUUUAAUUUGCAAUCAUUGAAUGUCAUCACACGUGUAAACGUAGCAUGUAUGUUAGUCUGCCUUUAAAUGACCGUAAAGGUGGUUACUGAAAUAACUUUGGAACUUUCCCCCAUUUCCUGCGUUUUGUAUUAAUAAAUAGUCAAACUUCUUGGAAUAAGUCAUAACAAUUUUUUUUUAAUUUUCAAUUGCAUCACAAGUGUACACGUCUUGAUCAGCAGGGUGCUGUUGCAGAAGCGUACAGCACAUCCCCGUGACACCCUGUACAGACGGAGGCUAGCUGGGGAAGAUAAGUGUGACCCUAU